AUGGAGGAAACGAGAGACAACCAGAAUAACGAGCAAAGCAAUGGACAAAAUGGAGCCCCUCAACUCAACAACCAAAUUGGGACUACCGAACUAGUCCAACUCAUGCAAGCAUUCAUUACCGCUGCGACUGCGAACAACCAGAAUCAGCGUGGAGUCCCGCACACACCUCGAGGACCAAUGACCAGAAGUCAGGCAUUAAAUGAAUUCUGCAAGCGCCGCCCGCCCUACUUUCAAGGAGAACCUAACCCCACAACUGCGGAAGCUUGGCUAGCGGAAAUCAAGAAAAUUCUUGAAACCCUAGACAUUCAAGAGGCCAGCAAUCGAAUUGCCCUAGCUACCUAUCAGAUGCAUAGUGAAGCUCAGCAUUGGUGGGACCUGAUGAAGAACACCCAUGAUGUGGCAGCAAUGACUUGGGACAGGUUCGAAGAAAUUUUCCUUGACAAGUACUUUCCAGCACCUGUCAAACAAGCAUUGGCCUCAGAAUUCAUGAAUCUUGAGCAGGGCACAAUGACUGUGACCCAGUACGCAGCACGGUUUGAAGAGCUGUCUCGCUAUGGCACAAAAAUAAUACCUACUGAUGAUGACAAGGCAAGAAAAUUUGAGUGGGGACUCAAUGAGACACGCCCAGCAGUGGUGGCGCAGACGCUUCCCACCUACUCACAAGUGGUACAAUGUGCACUUAAGAUGGAGAGAGAAAACUUGGAUUCCAAGACAAGGCGUGAGCAGAAAAAGACAAUACCUGCAGUUGGAGGACCUAUCCAAGAAGGACAUAUCAAGAGGAAUUGUCCUAGGUUGAAUGGCACUGGAAACUAUGGAGGACAACCACAAAACCAAGUCAGGACUGCAGGAUUUGGGAAUCAGAAUCAAAACACAGCUAGGCCAGUUUGGAAUGGUAACCAAGCUGGAGGACAGAACCAGCCUCGCGGUGGGUGGAACCAGCCGCCAACUCAGAACAGUGGAUCGAACGGACCAAUCCAGCCCAAUGCUGGAAGGGUGUUUGCGCUACAAGGAACAGAAGAGGAGAUGGACCCUGCAGUAAUCCAAGGUACCCUCACUCUUUUUACUACAUGCGUUCAAGCAUUAUUUGAUUCUGGAGCUUCGCACUCAUUCAUAUCUGCCACAUGUGUACCUACACUUGGAUUAGAAACUGAACCUCUAAAGACAACUAUGCAUGUGACCUCACCAUUAGGGGGUAAGAUUUCGGUAGUACUAAUUUGUAAAGGGUGCGAACUAGAAGUAUCGAACUUGCGGUUAAUACGCGACCUACGAGUAAUCGAAAUGACGGACUUUGAUGUCAUACUCGGAAUGGACUGGUUGACUGCGCACCGAGCUGUCAUAGACUGCCAUCGAAAGGUGGUGACAGCCUAUACACCAGAUGGAACGAGUUUCAAGUUUAAGGGGGAUAGACAAGACCCUUCUGCACCCCACGCAUACAAAACGAAGCGGCAUAGGAAGCUUGCUGGAUGGUUAGCGAGUCUCACAUUGGAGGAAACGGACCGAAUGGAGUUGGGCCUCCCUCACGUUGUCCGCGAGUACGAGGACGUAUUUCCCGAGGAAUUACCGGGAUUACCACCACCAAGGGAAUUGGAUUUCACCAUCGAGCUACAACCCGGCACGGCUCCAAUUUCGAUGGCCCCGUAUCGAAUGGCUCCAGCAGAACUACGAGAGUUGAAAACACAAUUGCAGGAACUCUUAAAGAAGGGUUUUAUCCGACCUAGUACCUCACCAUGGGGAGCUCCAACGCUAUUCGUCAAAAAGAAAGAAGGAACACUCCGACUCUGUAUCGACUACCGUCAACUCAACAAAAUCACCAUCAAGAACCGAUAUCCUCUACCGAGAAUAGACGACUUGUUCGACCAACUGAGAGGGUCGACUUGUUUCUCAAAGAUUGAUCUGAGAUCUGGAUAUCACCAAUUGCGAAUUCGGGAUUGCGACAUACUCAAGACGGCGUUCCGCACGCGUUAUGGACACUACGAGUUCAUAGUCAUGCCGUUCGGUCUAACCAAUGCCCCUGCUGUUUUCAUGUGCCUGAUGAACCAAAUUUUCACACCGUACUUGGACAAAUUUGUGGUAGUGUUCAUCGAUGAUAUCCUUGUAUACUCUCCAACGGAGAAAGAACACGAAGACCACUUGAGAAUUAUCCUCCAAGUACUUCGAGACAACCAUUUGUAUGCGAAGGCCAGCAAGUGA